AACAUUGGCAAAUUAUAUAUAGAAUUUAAUUGAAGUUACGGGUACGCUACAUGUACUACUAAAUUUUAUCAGGGAAAGUUGGGAAAACAGAAAAUGUCAACUAGCUCAUUGAAUAAUAAUAAUAAUAAUAAUAAAAAUAAUAAAAAAACAAAAAUAAGUAAAGAUAAAAUAUCAUCAAAUAAUGGAUCAGUUGUUAUGAAAAUUAAAAAUGAUGGUUCAGAGAAUGGUGGUGGUGGUGGUGGUCCUCAUCAUAGAUUUAUUGAUGAAACUGCUGAAGAAGAAAGUUCAGAUGAUGAGCCAGAAUCAGAGAGUGAAGAUGAAACAAGAUUUGUCAAUGAUGAAACACCAGAAUUACCAUCAGAAUUUUGGCAAUUACAAAAACUUAUUAAAUAUACUAAAGCUGGUAACCAAACAGCAACAACUGUUGCAUUAUGUUUACUAAAAAAUUAUCAACUUGAUAGUCGGCAAAUUCAACGUGCAAUAAGAGAAAUGGGAGGACUUGAAGUAUUAGUUAAUCUUCUUGAAACAAAAGAUAUAAAAUGUCAGCUAGGAUCAUUGGCAGUAUUAGCAAGAUUAGGAAAUUGUUAUGAAACACGUAAAUAUUUAAUUGAUCUUGGAAUAGUUUCACCUCUAAUUAAAAUGUUAAAACAACAAGCAAGAGAUGUGAAAAUUCUAGCAGCUGAAACAAUGGCAAAUGUUGCUAAAAUGAGAAAAGCAAGAAAACAAAUUAGAAUUAGAUCUGGAAUUGCUCUAAUUCUUGAUGCGAUGGAUGUUCCUGAUAAUAUUUUACAUAAAAAUCCUGAUCAACUUAAUGAAUCAGAACAACAACAUAUUUCAGUUGCAAUAGCAUGUGCUAAAGUCGUUGAUGCAUUAAGUAGUAGUCCAAAAAUAAAAGAGCAACUUAGAAAACACGGUGUUGUUUUUUUUAUGAGUAGAUUUUUAAAAUCAUCACAUAUUAAAUUAAUCAUUCCAAUCAUGGGUGCAGUACAACAAUGUGCUGACUUGAAUGUAUUUCGUCUGGCAUUUGAACAAAUGGAAAUAAUAAAUGAGAUAAUAAAACAUUUACAAAACAGUGAAAUGUUGGAAAAAAAAAAUGACACAAAUCAAAAGCCAAAUGACAAUGAUGAUGAUGGUAAUAAUAAAAAAUCAAAUGAAAAUAAUGAAAUAAUAAAAUUACAAGAAAAUUGUGCAUUAGCAAUAUUUAAAUGUUCAUCAAAUAAAUUAACAAGAGAUAUGGUUAGACAAUCUGGUGGUCUAGAUCCACUUUGUAGAUUGUUACAAAAUAAUAAAGUUAAAGAAAAUAAAAAACUUUUAGCAGCUGUUACUGGUGCAAUAUGGAAAUGUGCAAUAAGUCCAGAAAAUGUACAAAGAUUUAAUCAAAAUGAAUUGGUAUUAUCAUUGAUACCACUACUUGAAGAGAAUGAAGAUGAUGAUGUGUUGACAAAUGUUGUUGGUGCAUUGGCUGAGUGUUGUGUUGAUCCAACAAAUCGACAUGUAUUGAGAAACAACAAUGGUCUACCAAAAUUAAUUAGGCUGCUGAGUGCAACAUAUGAGCCACUGUUGGAAAAUCUUCCUCUUGUUAUUAAAGAAUGUGCUGAAGAUGAACAAUGUAUGGAUAUUAUAAAUGAUUCAACACAUUCACUUGAUGGUGUUAGACUUGUUUGGUCAUUAUUAAAACAUCCAAGUAAUAUUGUUAAAAAAAAUGCAUGUUUAGCACUUGUUCCUUGUAUUAAAAAUGCAAAAGAUUCAUCAGAAAUGGUACGUGCAUUUGUUGGUGGUCUUGAAUUAACAGUAUCAUUACUUGAAAGUCAUGAUAAUGAUGUAUUAGCUGCUGUUUGUGCGACAAUUGCUGCAAUUGCUGUUGAUUCAGAAAAUCUUGGUAUUUUAACUGAUCAUGGAGUUGUUAAAAAACUUGCUGAUCUUGUUAAUACUGAAGAUGAAAAUUUGAGGGCAAAUUUAACAUUAGCAAUUGCAUUUUGUUGUGAAUGGGAAAAUAAUAAUUAUGAAUUUGGGAGACUGAAUGCAGUUGCACCACUUGUUAGCUAUGCAAAUAGUAAAAAUAAAAAUGUACUUAAGGGUGUUUCUAUUGCAUUUUAUCAUUUAAGUAAAGAGCCAUUAAAUUGUAUUACAAUGCAUACGUGUGGUGUUAUUAAACAUGUACUUGAACUUGUUGGUUCAGAUGAUCCAGAAGUACAAAUUGCUGCAGCAACGACUAUUAGAAAUAUUAGAAAACUUGCAUUGACUGCUGAAAAAAUGCAUUUUGGUGAAAUUAAUACUCUUGAAGAAAUAAAUUAUCAUGCUUAAAUAAAAUUAUUUUACAUAAAAAAUUUGCAAAAAAAAAAAAAAAAACAAAAUUUUAAUCAAGCCAGAAUCAGAAUUACGUCCCUCAGUUAAAAACUGUGGUAAUCAUGGAAAAUCAAGUGUAAAAUUUUCUUCAUUUUCUGACAAACAAAAUUUUGUAAAUUUCAUGAUAUAUAUAUACUAAAGCCCACUAAUCAUCUCCACCUGUGAGAAAAUAAUUUACUCAAUAUUAUCUUUUCAAAAUAAAAAUAAUCACAAAAUAAACAUAUCAUAAAUACAAAAAAUUAAACA